AUGUCGACUCAGACCCGAACGUAUGUAUCAUUCAUGAAGAGUGAUGCGAUCGCACGGCACAGCACAGCAAUCAGCAGCAGCAACGGCACCAGCAAAGAGGCAGCGGUAGCAGAACCCGUAUCGACAACCGACAUCAGCAUGAACCGCCGCCGGUCACUUCUACUACAUAUCAGGGCUGCAGAACAUGUCAUCCGGGAGCAACGGCAUCAGGUGUACGCAUUUAUAUAG